UACGCAGUUACAUAUAUUCUUCUAUUUCCCAGUCCCUUUUUGUUAUCUCUUCACCUCGUUGUUUUUGGCCUGAGUUUCAAGAUUGUUUGCUCUUAUUCCCUAUCCCUUUUCUGUGCUGUUUUAGGGGCUUUCCAAUUCUUUCUCCAGCUCUCUCUUCCUUCAUUCAAUUUGCUUCUGAAAAUGUCAAAGUUUAAAUCACUAAUAAAAUACUCUGCUUUUGUGAUAGGUGUUCCCUUAUCCGUCUAUUCAUACAAUUUAAAUUCAAAAUACGACAACUUUCCAAUAUAUAUCUUGCCCAAUGAUAUGCUAAUCCAGUCAGUUAUAUCAGACUACAAAAAAAAGAAAUCUCUAAGUGACAAAUACAUUGCCUAUUGCGACACCUUUAUAAGUGAGGAAAUCAACCUAUCCUCUAAUCUAAUUGAUUUAUUCAAAAAUGAGAAAACCUUGAACGACCACAUUUUAUUGAAGUUUUUCAACACAAAUUUAUUCAAAGCCGAAGUCAGUUUGAUUGGCAAUUCUAAAAACUUGAAAAAACCUAUAGACCUAGCAAAUACCCCUCCUCGCUCAAAUAUCGUUUAUAACGAUCCCUACAACGAAACUGAAAACAAUAUUGCAAACAUUCUUAAACUCAUCAAAUCUUCUUCCAACUCAAAUCUAUUGCAAUGGGAAAUAUAUCCUCCCUCUUUAGUCUCUUUCUUUGAAAAAAUCGCCAAAUAUGGCUACCCCUGGAGAUUGAUGAACGGUGGUUACCAUGAAGUAUACAUACACUUUAUACCCAACAAAAAUACCAACAAUGAAAAUGGAAAAUUCAAAAUUUAUUUCACUUGUGCUCAUGAAUAUAACAAGUUCAAUCACGAUGGCAAAAUAUUACCCAAAUUCACAAUGUGGUUGCAUCGUUUUUACGCCAAACUUUUACUAGACCAAGCUGUUCGUGAUAUUAAAAACGAAUUUACCAGUUUUGAUGUCUCUACCAAAAACUUCAAAAACUUAAAUCUACCCAAUAACAAUAACUCCACUGACAAUAUUAAUAACAAUUUAUGAAUCUUCUAAUCGUUCCUCAAUCACUCAUUAAGCUCUUCAGCUUAAUCUUAGUUUUACUAUAUAUUCUUUUCUCCGUUUUUUAAUUUUUUGUCUAUUCAUUUUUUUUUUUGUUUUCUUUUAUACAAUAUUCACUCAACACUCCUCUUUUUCAAAUUCAAUAAUUUACCUAUACUCUUUGCUUACCGCAUUGCACCACCAAACAUCACAUAAAAGCGCGUUAAU